AGCGAAUCUGAAAAAACAUAGAAAUAGCGAAUCUGAAAUCGCUGUUAGGCCCCGCCGCAUCCAAACUUUACUACAUAAUUAUUAUGCUUUAUCGUCCUAACCCAACCCAACUAGAGGGAAGCUUUUAUACUCACCACUUUCUCUCUCUUUCUAUCGCUUUCAAGUUCCGAUUUAGGGCACUCCAACUCGGUCUUUGACUCAGAACCUUAUCGCUGAUCUCUGUUCUUCAGGUUGUUGAUUGGUUGUCAGGACAGGCUCUUCAGAUUGUUCACACUUCUGUUGGCACUGAAUACAAGGGAGGGCUGUUUUUUAGCGCAGGAAUGACUUUUGGCACGACGUUUUGAAAUUCAUGCAAUGUCGGGCUUACUUAAUUCUUCUCUGAACGGGUCUGCUUCAAAUCUUCCAGAUGGUGCUGGGCGGUCUUUUGCCACGUCAUUCUCUGGUCAGUCUGGUGUAGCCUCCCCCGUUUUUCAUCACUCUGGUUCUAUUCAAGGAUUGCACAACAUUCAUGGGACCUUUAAUGUACCCAACAUGCCCAGUACACUUACAUCGAGAAACUCAACAAUAAAUAGCAUUCCAACUGGGGGAGUUCAACAACCUACAUCAAGCCUUUCUAGUGGAAGAUUUGCAUCAAAUAAUCUACCUGUUGCUCUGUCACAGUUAUCUCAUGGAAGCUCCCAUGGACAUUCAGGAAUCAACAGUAGAGGAGGUAUAAGUGUUGUAGGAAAUCCUGGAUUUAGUAGUAGCACAAAUGGAGUUGCUGGUUCUAUUCCUGGGAUUCUUCCAACUUCUGCUGCAAUUGGUAACAGAAAUGCUGUUCCAGGAUUGGGAGUAUCCCCAAUUUUGGGAAGUGCAGGUCCUCGAAUCACAAGCUCUAUGGGAAAUAUGGUUGGUGCAGGGAACAUUGGAAGGAUAAGCUCUGGAGGAUUGUCCAUUCCAGGUCUUGCUUCUCGUCUAAAUUUAAGUGGAAAUGCUGGAUCUGUUGGUUUAGGUAUACAAGGACAGAAUCGUUUGAUGAGUGGUGUGCUUCCGCAAGGAUCUCCACAGGUAAUUUCAAUGCUAGGAAAUCCCUAUCCCAGUGCAGGAGGUCAGCUUUCACAAAGCCAUGUUCAAACAGUAAACAAUUUGAACUCUUUGGGGAUGUUGAAUGAUGUGAAUUCCAGUGACAGUUCACCUUUUGACAUCAAUGAUUUCCCUCAACUGACAAGCCGUCCUAGUUCUGCUGGUGGGCCUCAAGGACAGUUGGGUUCUUUACGAAAACAGGGUCUUGGAGUUAGUCCCAUUGUCCAACAAAACCAAGAAUUUAGCAUUCAAAAUGAAGAUUUCCCAGCUUUACCUGGAUUCAAAGGUGGUAAUGCAGAUUUUGCUAUGGAUAUGCACCAGAAAGAACAACUUCACGACAGUACUGUGUCAAUGAUGCAAUCUCAACAUUUCUCUAUGGGUAGGUCUGCUGGUUUCAGUUUAGGGGGAUCAUAUCCUUCACAUCGUACACAACAGCAACAGCAGCAUGCCCCUUCUGUCAGUGGCAAUGGUGUCUCCUUUUCAUCCGUAAACAAUCAAGAUCUUCUCCAUCUGCAUGGAACAGAUAUUUUUCCAUCUUCACACUCAACAUAUCAUGCUCAGACCAGUGGACCUCCUGGCAUUGGACUAAGGCCUCUAAAUUCUCCAAAUGCGGUUUCUGGUAUGGGUUCAUAUGACCAGCUUAUCCAGCAAUAUCAACAACACCAGAAUCAGUCCCAGUUCCGCCUUCAGCAAAUGUCAGCUGUAAAUCAGUCUUUUAGGGAUCCGAGCAUGAAGUCUAUGCAAACUGCACAAUCUAGUCCGGAUCCAUUUGGUUUACUUGGCUUGUUAAGUGUCAUCAGGAUGAGUGAUCCUGAUCUGACAUCUCUUGCUCUUGGAAUUGAUCUUACAACACUUGGGUUAAAUUUGAAUUCAUCGGAAAAUCUUCACAAAACUUUUGGGUCUCCAUGGUCUGAUGAACCAGCCAAGGGUGAUCCAGAGUUCAGUGUGCUACAAUGUUAUUAUGCCAAACAGCCUCCUGCUCUACAUCAAGGUUAUUUUUCGAAGUUUACGGUGGAAACGUUGUUUUACAUAUUUUACAGCAUGCCCAAAGAUGAAGCACAACUAUAUGCAGCAAAUGAACUUUACAAACGAGGCUGGUUUUAUCAUAAAGAGCAUCGUUUUUGGUUUAUGAGAGUUCCCAACCUGGAGCCACUUGUCAAAACAAACACAUACGAACGAGGAUCUUACCACUGUUUUGACCCAAUCGCUUUCGAAAUAGUCCUUAAGGAUAAUUUAGUUCUUCAUUAUGAAAUGGUGGAAAAGAGACCGCCUUUGCCUCAACAUUGACUGGGAAAGAAAACCUGAUAUGUGAAGUUUUUAUUUAUGGAUUUAAUUUGUUAGGACGCAAGUCAUUUUGCAUCAUCAGUGUUCCUUCAAUUUGGCGUUUCUUUUACAUCCUCUUAAAUCUUGAUGCUUUGAGAGCUGUUAUCCCUUUUUUUUUCUCAGCCAUAAUAAUGUGUGGUUAAAAUAACAGACGUUAGGAUAACCUGGUUGUCUGGCAGUGGCGGAUAUGGAUGUCUGCCCAAUGCGCACAGAAUAGAUUCGACGCAGUGUCUAGUAUGUGCUCUUGAACGUGAGCUCAUUUUAGAGAGGAAAGAGGUUUUUUUUAAAAAUAAAUAAUAAAAAAAUCAGCAGCCAUUGAUGAGAAAGUUGAUUUUCCCUGUACAUAACAAUAAAUUUGUUAACAUUUAC